AUGUCUUCUUCCACCGCCGCCGCCACCGCCACCGCCGCCCAAGACUCGGGCAAGGUGAACUUCCCCACCGACGCCUCUCUGCCCGGCGAGCACUUCGAGAUCCGGCAGACGCACCCGACCGGCGACUACACGCCGGACCCGUCCAAGUCGCUGCCCGUCUCGCCCGCGCGGCAGGCCCUCAUCGACGACAUCAUCGCGCUGUACGAGAUGAAGCCGACGGUCGAGCGCGUCAGGCGCUACACGCCCGACUGCGUCUACAACGACCAGUUCGUCUACGCCAACGACCGGUACAAGAUGGCGGGCCAGUGGUUCGCGCUGCCCAAGCUGUUCAAGGGCGCCAAGAGCCGCGGGUACCAGGUCGUCACCAACGACAGGGACCUGAUCCAGUUCCGGCACGAGGAAGUGGGUUGCUUACAACGCUCUCUCUUCAAGAAUACUGAGAGUGCUCCUUCCCAAUACCCAUUGCACGUACUAACUACUUUCUUCUUCCAGGAAUGGACGUUCAAGAUCAUCCCCAAGACAGCCGUCAUCAACGCUCUAGUCAGCCUCUCACUGGACCCCGCGAGCAUUGACAGCGACUUCAUCCGGGUCAAGUAUCACAAGGACCAGGCCAACGACAAGGAUUAUUCCAACGAGGGCCUGGGUGCUACUUUCAAGAAGUGGCAGGCCGACAAUGUGGCCAAGCACAUGGACAGUGCCGAAGUCGCUGCGUUCGAGGCUGACCGGGAUGCGGGCAAGGAAGAGAAGAGACAGUACGGCACUGGCAAAUCCGAGGGCGACGCACCAGUCAAGAACUUGUAG